AGAAGAAGUCCACCAGAACGCCGUUCGCUGGAGGAAGAGGUUCUCCUUUGUGUGCAAAAUGAGCGCCAACCCCAACACCGGCGUUCUGGACCCCUGCGUGUGUCGCGUCUCUGUCAGGAAGCUUGAGCGUGUGUUUGAAAUAACAGUUCUGGAUCUUUGUUCUCUCGCCCACAGAGAAGAAGUCCACCAGAACGCCGUUCGCUGGAGGAAGAGGUUCUCCUUUGUGUGCAAAAUGAGCGCCAACCCCAACACCGGCGUUCUGGACCCCUGCGUGUGUCGCGUCUCUGUCAGGAAGGAACUCAAAGGAGGAAAAACAUAUUCAAAGCUGGGCUUUGCUGAUCUGAACAUGGCAGAGUUUGCUGGCUCAGGCUCCACCGCGCGCUGCUGUCUGCUGGAGGGAUACGACACCAAGAACACCCGGCAGGACAACUCCAUCCUGAAGGUGACCAUCGGAAUGACCCUCUUAUCCGGAGAUCCCUGUUUCAAAACUCCCCCAAGCACCGCCAAAUGUAUAUCUGUGGCCGGUCGAGACCCUUCGCUGCAGCUGGACUGUAAAGGAGAAGGAACCGCUGAGGUUUUGGCCCGACUGACUAAACAGAGACCUUCUAUACUCGGCUCUGCUCUUCCCGAGGAGGUGGAUCAGGGUCAAAGUCCUGAAGAAUCGUUUCACUCGGGUCAUUCACGCAACUCAAGUUAUGCCAGUCAGCAGAGCAAACUAUCAGGCUACAGCACCGAACACUCCUGCUCCUCCAGUCUGUCUGAUCUGACCCAUCGCAGGAACACAUCUUCAGGCAGCAGCGUGAGCGCCGACCCCCCGUCUGAGAGCGACACCCGUCCCGAGCGGCCUCCGCGACCCCCGCGGCCCAUCUUACCCUCCAACAGACCACCACGGAGGAAGCAGGAUUCGGUGGAGGAUCGCCCGACCUGGGUCAACGACACGCGUAUGGACGCAGACGACAUCGUGGAGAAGAUCGUCCAGAGUCAGAACUUUUCUGACAUCAGUAACAAUGAAGGUGACAAUCAAACUUCAUCUCAGCUGAUCCAUGACCAGCGUCUGAACACUGAUGUAUUGCACGUUUGCUGUGGAAAUACUCGCGUCCGCUUAAGUAACUAAUAAUUA